GGCGGGCGGCGCCGAGGGGAUCCCGGGGCGGCUGAGGACGCCUGAGUCGGCUCCGCGCGGCGACAUGGACCGGAUGGCCAGCUCCAUGAAGCAGGUGCCCAACCCCCUGCCCAAGGUGCUGAGCCGGCGCGGAGUGGGCGCGGGGAUAGAGGCGGCCGAGCGGGAGAGCUUUGAGCGGACUCAGACUGUCAGCAUCAAUAAGGCCAUUAAUACGCAGGAAGUGGCUGUAAAGGAAAAACACGCCAGAACGUGCAUACUGGGCACCCACCAUGAGAAAGGGGCACAGACCUUUUGGUCUGUGGUCAACCGGCUGCCUCUCUCUAGCAACGCUGUCCUCUGCUGGAAGUUCUGCCACGUGUUUCACAAACUUCUCCGAGACGGACACCCAAACGUCCUGAAGGACUCCCUGAGAUACAAAAAUGAAUUGAGUGACAUGGGCAGGAUGUGGGGCCACCUGAGCGAGGGGUACGGCCAGCUCUGCAGCAUCUACCUCAGACUGCUAAGAACGAAGAUGGAAUAUCACACCAAAAAUCCCAGGUUCCCGGGCAACCUUCAGAUGAGCGACCGGCAGCUGGAUGAGGCCGGAGAGAGCGACGUUAACAACUUUUUCCAGCUCACAGUGGAGAUGUUUGACUACCUGGAGUGUGAACUUAAUCUCUUCCAAACUGUGUUCAAUUCCCUGGACAUGUCGCGCUCGGUGUCCGUGACGACAGCCGGGCAGUGCCGCCUCGCCCCGCUGAUCCAGGUCAUCCUGGACUGCAGCCAUCUGUACGAUUACACCGUCAAGCUCCUCUUCAAACUCCACUCGUGUCUCCCAGCCGACACCCUGCAAGGCCACCGGGACCGCUUCAUGGAGCAAUUCACCAAGUUGAAAGAUCUAUUCUACCGCUCCAGCAACCUCCAGUACUUCAAACGGCUCAUUCAGACCCCUCAGCUGCCGGAGAACCCACCCAACUUCCUGCGGGCCUCUGCGCUGUCAGAACACAUCAGCCCUGUGGUGGUCAUCCCGGCUGAGGCCUCGUCCCCAGACAGCGAGCCCGUCCUGGAGAAGGAUGACCUUGUGGACAUGGACGCCUCCCAGCAGAAUUUAUUCGACAACAAGUUUGAUGACAUCUUUGGCAGCUCGUUCAGCAGUGACCCCUUCAAUUUCAACAGUCAGAACGGCGUAAACAAGGACGAGAAGGAUCACUUAAUCGGUCAGCUGUACAGAGACGUCAGUGAGCUGAAGGCACAGCUAGAGAACGUGAAGACGGAGAGCCAGCGGGCCGUGCUGCAGCUAAAGGGCAGGGUCAGCGAGCUGGAGGCCGAGCUGGCGGAGCAGAGGCAUCUACGGCAGCAGGCAGCUGACGACAGCGAGUUCCUCCGGGCCGAGCUGGACGAGCUCAAGAAGAAGCGAGAAGACACGGAGAAGGCCCAGCGGAGCCUGACGGAGAUAGAAAGGAGAGCCCAAGCCAACGAACAGCGGUACAGCAAGCUAAAGGAGAAGUACAGUGAGCUGGUACAGAACCACGCUGACCUGCUGCGGAAGAAUGCGGAGGUGACCAAACAGGUGUCCGUGGCCAGGCAAGCCCAGGCGGAUUUGGAACGAGAGAAGAAAGAGCUAGAGGAUUCCUUCCAGCGCAUCAGCGACCAGGCACAGCGGAAGACUCAAGAACAGAUGGAAGUACUAGAGAGCUUGAAGCAAGAACUUGCCACCAGCAAACAGGAACUCCACAUCGUCCAAGGCAGUCUGGAAACUUCUGCCCAGUCAGAGGCAAAGUGGGCCGCCCAGAUCGCUGAGCUGGAGAAGGAGCGGAGCAGCUUGGCGCACGCCGUGGCCCGGCGGGAGGAGGAAUUAGCAGCCCUACAGGAGCGGCUGGACCACACCCAGGGGGAACUGUCCCUCGCAAAGGAAUCAGCGGGCCAGCUCGCCAAGGACCAGCGGAGAACGCUGCUGGCGGAGGCAAGGAAGGCCGCGGAGCAGGUGGUCCAGGAGGCCCUGCGGCAGCUGGAGGAGCCGCCUCUGAUCAGCUGUGCCGGCUCUGCAGAUCACCUUCUCUCCAAGGUCAAGUCUGUUUCCAGCUGUGUCGAGCAACUGGAAGAAAGCUGGAGGCGCUAUCUGGCCUGCCCAGAAGCUAUCAGUGGGCUCCUCCACUCGGUCACCCUCCUUGCCCACCUGACCGGGGACACCAUGGCUUAUGUGAGCACCACCUGCCUUCGAGCCCCGCCAGAACCCGCCGACCUGCUGACUGAGGCCUGCAAACAGUUUGGCAAAGAAACGCUCCUCUACUUGGCUUUCCUGGAGGAGGAAGGAACGCGGGAGAACGACGGCACCGCCAUGAGGAGCUGCCUUACCAAGAUCGCCGCCAUUGCCGAGGAGCUCCUGCCCAGAGGCCUGGACAUCAAACAGGAGGAGCUGGGGGACCUGGUGGACAAGGAGAUGGCUGCCACAUCAGCUGCCAUCGAAACUGCUACGGCCAGAAUCGAGGAGAUGCUCAGCAAAUCCCGAGCUGGAGACACAGGAGUCAAAUUGGAGGUGAACGAAAGGAUCCUUGGUUCCUGUACAAGCCUAAUGCAAGCUAUUCAGGUCUUGAUCGUGGCCUCGAAGGACCUCCAGAGAGAGAUAGUGGAGAGUGGCCGGGGCACGGCCUCCCCAAAAGAGUUUUACGCCAAGAAUUCUCGAUGGACGGAAGGACUCAUCUCCGCUUCUAAAGCCGUGGGCUGGGGAGCAACCGUCAUGGUGGAUGCAGCCGAUCUGGUGGUGCAAGGCAGAGGGAAGUUUGAGGAACUGAUGGUGUGUUCUCAUGAAAUCGCUGCGAGCACAGCCCAGCUUGUGGCCGCCUCUAAGGUGAAGGCUGACAAGGACAGUCCAAACCUGGCCCAGCUGCAGCAGGCCUCCCGGGGCGUGAACCAGGCCACCGCCACCGUUGUGGCCUCCACCAUUUCGGGCAAAUCACAGAUUGAGGAGACAGACAACAUGGACUUCUCCAGCAUGACACUGACCCAGAUCAAACGCCAGGAGAUGGAUUCCCAGGUCCGGGUGCUGGAGCUGGAGAAUGACCUGCAAAAGGAGCGUCAGAAACUGGGAGAGCUUCGGAAAAAGCACUACGAACUCGCCGGUGUUGCCGAGGGCUGGGAAGAAGGAACAGAAGCCUCUCCAUCUGCAUUGCACGAACCGGUCGCUGGAAAAGAAUAGAGCCACACUGACGCCCCACACGUCCGAGUCCUUUUCUGUUUCACCAUCUGCACCAACUCAUGAGCGUCAGAGGGCUGGCGGGGCUCCAAGCCAGGACGCCGCCCUACAUCUGUGCCGACAGAACAGCAGGAGCGUCCCGGCAGAGCACGCCAAGGCAACUGUCCCCUCUCUUGGCAGUCCCAUGGGUUUCCCGCUGCUUCUUACGGUGGUUGGUUGGGAUUUCCUUUUUUUUUCCUUUUUUUGGGGGAUUUCUUCUUCUAGUGUUCCCUCGUAGAGCCACCUCUCCCCAAGGGAGCACCCCUGGCGCUCGGAGCCAUCGGGGGCCCCUACCACAGCAGAUAACAGCAAUGGUGCUGCUCAGGCUUCACCUUGGUGCUCCACGCCAGCCUCCGUGCUGAGUGUUCCGCUGAGCGAGUCUGGGUCAGACGAGCCCACUGCCCAGGGUGGGCCCCACUGCUGGGCCACACUCUUCCUC